AAUCGUGUAACCUGCAGCAGUGACAAUUUAAAAUCAAACUCCUGCUGAUUGUUUAACAGUUAUCGCAAAACCUCCAUAAAUAAACCAUUAAAAGUUCCGUUUAAAUACAGUAGGUUUUGUUGGAAAUGGCAUUUUCACUGUUUCGAAAAGUGGGGCUUCGCAGUCGUUCUCGCUGCCUAAUCUCAAGGACUUACAGUGGAUUUAACUUUACACUUACCGACGCCCAGAAGGAAAUCCAGGCGACGGCCAGAAAAUUUGCCCGAGAAGAAGUUAUUCCGGUAGCCGCACAGUAUGAUAAAUCAGGUGCGUUUCCUUGGGACAUCUUUAGAAAAGCCCAUGGGCUUGGAUUGUUGAACGUUCACGUGCCUGAAGAGUUCGGAGGUCUUGGAUUGGGCAACUUUGAAGGUUGCCUCAUCCAAGAGGAGUUUGCCUAUGGGUGUACUGGAAUAGGGACUGCCUGCGAAGGAUCGGGCCUCGGCCAAACUCCGAUUUUACUGGUUGGCAAUAACGAGCAGAAAAAGAAGUAUCUGGGACGACUUUUGGAAGAGCCCACAAUUGCCGCGUAUUGUGUUACCGAGCCCGGGGCGGGUUCAGAUGUGAAUGGCCUGAAAACGCGUGCAGAAAAAAAAGGGGAUGAGUACAUUUUGAACGGGCAAAAGAUGUGGAUUACCGGGGGAGGAGUGGCGAAUUUUUACUUUGUGCUGGCACGGACGAGCCAAGAUUCCAAAUGUCCAGCCAAUAAAGCCUUCACUGGUUUCAUAGUGGAAAGGGACUGGCCGGGAGUCAUCCCGGGUAGAAAGGAAAUCAACAUGGGACAAAGAGCCUCAGACACUCGCGGCAUUGUGUUUGAAGACGUAAAAAUACCCAAAGAAAACGUUCUUCUAGGAGAAGGCGAUGGCUUCAAAAUUGCCAUGCAGGCAUUCGACAAGACUCGACCUCCAGUUGCUGCAAAUGCAGUAGGACUCGCUCAACGAUGCCUGGAUGAGGCCUCAAAGUAUGCACUGGAAAGGAAAACAUUUGGCGUUCCCAUAGCCAGUCAUCAAGCAGUGGCUUUUAUGCUGGCAGACAUGGCAAUCGGCAUUGAAACUGGACGACUAGCCUGGAUGAAAGCAGCCUGGGAAACCGAUCGUGGAAUAAGGAACAGCUACAGUGCAGCCAUAGCCAAAUGUUGGGCUGCCGAUAUGGCCAACAAAUGCGCCUCGGAUGCCGUGCAGAUAUUCGGCGGAAAUGGCUUCAACAGCGAAUACCCAGUGGAAAAACUCAUGAGGGACGCGAAAAUAUUCCAAAUCUACGAAGGCACAUCGCAGAUCCAGAAGCUGAUUAUUUCCCGUCAGUUGGCCGAGCGAGCCAAAAGCCUCAGUUAGUAGCUACUGAUUAUAUUAUGCAUGUACCAUACUUUAAGUUAACACAAUUCAAAAAGGAAUUCUGGUAAAUAAAUCAACGUUCAAGUGGA